AUAUAAUAUGACCGGCAUGCAUGUUGUGAUUAUUGAAUAGGCCAUUAAGUGGCCAGGGCACAAUCACCGAGGUCUAUCUGUUCCGCCCACUUUCGUUGCUCACUUCGCCAAGAAACCUUCCAUCAUGGCUGCCCAGCUAACAUUUGACAGCGAUGUGUUCCGUAGCUUCGCCUUCUACGCCACCAUAUGUGUGGUCAAGAUGAUGUUGAUGAGUUUGUACACGGCGAGGUUCCGUAUUGGAAAGAAGGUGUUCGAGAACCCAGAGGACUGCAAGGGUCAGAAAAGGGAUGGAAGGCCAGUGCAGAUUAGUAAGGAUGAAGACGUGGAGAGGGUUAGAAGGAACCACCAGAACGACAUUGAGAACAUCAUUCCAUUUGUCCUGUUAGGCUUCGUGUACGUGCUGACCGGCCCAGCCGUCUCUGCUGCCCUGACCCACUUUAGGGUGUUCACCGCCUCAAGGAUCAUCCACACCCUGGCUUACCAGAUCCCCAUUCCACAGCCGAGCAGGGCGUUCAGCUUCCUCGUCGGACUCAUCAUCAACAUGUCUAUGGCUGUGCAGAUUAUCAUAUACGCAGCCUAACAAACGAUAACUGUGCUCAGUGAACUUUCGAAAUUGCACUGUGGCAAUGUCAUAUGUACAUCAAAGGACAUACAUCAUCAAUGUCAUCUUCAGUCUUGCUUAGCUUAAACUUGCCAACAGCUUAGCCGACACAAAAGUUACUGCGAAACAACUAAUAGCAAUAAUUGUUUACGUGAUACAUUACAGCUCACUAGCAUAUACCCGAGGCGCGGGCUGUUCGAGGUAUAAAAAUCGGAUUGUGUGGGUGCGGGUAUGUUGUGGGUUUGGUGUUAAUGGGGUGCUGGUUUGUGAGUAAAAUCUCCGGGCGUUAUCUAUAUUUACGUCAAUGGCGACAGUGGUAUAUUGAUAUUGAUAGAUGAUAUGUUACUCAGAGUCAUAAAAUUUCCACUGUUUUUCUCUGUAAAAUGUCUCCAGUGUUGUUGUUGCUAACAGUAAACUAUGAUGCGGCCUUACUGGAAUCCCCUACUUACUUAUACUUCUAACAACAACAACAAAAAACUACUGCAACUACCAACUACUGUACAUGAUUAGAUCAUGAAAACUGGACUACAAAAUGCAUGAUAUUGUCGCAAUGACUUUAUUCAAAGUACUCAAACAUACCUAUUAACCUCCCUUGUGUAAAACUACAUCAUGUCAGUUGAUAAUGGAUGACAGUAGAGGUAAAACCAGGCUUAUUAAGGUGUUCAACGCUAAGUGCAACUCGUCAAUUAUAAUAGUGAUGGUAAUAUGUAGUGUAUAUACAUGUACGUGCAGAAAUGUGAUACGUAGUGGUACACUACCUAAUAUGAAACGCCGCAUUGUAUGAUAACCGGACUGUAAGAAAACUGUGAAAAAUCUUAUCAAGAUAUUAUUUUAAUAAAUUGCAAUUUUAUGUGACAA